AUGUCCACGAAAGAAGAAGACUAUGCCUACAUAGACCCAUCCAUCAUGAAGCGGCAUACAGAGUCAGCCUGGGAUCGCCUAACAGACAAAGCAGAACAUCGCGAGGAGACCACCCGUGCGAUCUACCCGAUAGAGAACGAUUCAGUAAAUCAAGAGAAAAUCACGGCUGAUUGUGCUGAGCCUCUACCCGACUCAAGUCAAAACCCGCGUGAGGAGACCUAUAGUCAGGAUUGGCAGGCUUCUGCUGAGAAUAACCAGACACCAGAACCAGGUCUUUACACCGCUCCACUUGACGCUUCAGGUCUCCGAAGAGCCCUUGACUUGGAAAGUUCCGGCCAAGCCCCUCCCCAGCCUGAACUGCAGACCCUGGAGCAAGCAAUAUCAGAAGACGACCAAGAUGAUGGGUCUGCCUCAGACAUAACAUCCAACACUGCAGACUCUGUGUUCUCUGCAGAAUCCUCAGAUACUCUCGCAACAGCCUUCUCUGCAGAUAGCGGGUUUUCGGCUCAACAGAUUCAAAGCGCUACCCGUGUGUUUCUCGCAAUCUUACAAGAGAACAAAGAAUUGACGCUCCUGUGUGAUUCUGCUCGCAGCAAUAAGAAGACUGGGAUUAAGAGAUUGCGAAGAGAAAUUCGCGAGAAUUUGAAAGCAUAUGCGGAGAACCUCAAGGAAGAAGCGUACGACCAUCUUGAGUUUGCGGCUUGCCGUCUCGUUCGAGUAAAAGCACGGUACGUUGCUCAAUACAUCGCCAGUGGAGAUGACAGAUACAAACAGUCGCAAUAUCCUAUCAAUGAUCGCAACCGGACGACAAAGCUCCUUGAGGAUAGCUCCGACGAAGAGCCCGCAGAACCAUCAGUUGACGAGACGGAGUUUCGUGAUCUGAAAGCUUUUCGGCAGUUUUUGACGACAAGUGCUGCGUAUGCUAAAUUGGAAGCUCAAAUUCAUCUUUGGUACGAGGCGUUGCGUAACAAGCCUGCUGCUGGCGGGCUGAAGGAUUCGCCGUCCAUGACUAGCCCCUCACAACUUUCGCAAUCCAUGGCAGAUACUUCCGAAGAAAAACUCCCGAACAGGAACCAUGGCACACCUCUCCAGCUAACACCUGCGACUGGGUGCAACACAAAACUUACAUGGCAUAUUUGGCAGGAAGAUGCAUCGAAUCUAGCAGCUAGCGUUCUACAAGGCUUCAACUUGGCUUUCUUGCGAAAAGCCGUGUUGUUCCUGCUCGUGGAUAUCGUAUUGAUUUUGACUGAUGACGUCUUUAUCGCCACAGGAUGCUUGGAACCUCGACUGAAAGCUGGUUGGACUCGGAUAAGAAGUGAAUGUAGCUGUGGUGACCGAUUCUUCGACGAUUUCAAUGAGCUAAGAACGGGUGGCGUGGGGACGUUGGUACAAGAGAUGAAGCAAUCCUUGGUCGAUGCCAAGAUCAAGGUUAUCCCAUAUCGCGCCGGUCUUAGGACACAGCAGUACACGGAUCGACUUUCGAUGUGGUUGCGUCAUAUUGGUAACAGGAUUUCGGCAGCAUGCUCAUGGCAUGGUCAGACCCCUACAGCCCUACCACACUUCAAUGUCGCCGACACAGCUACUGCAACAGAUAUCACAGCUCCAGAAGACCCACAGAAAGAUCGAGAUCCAGUUCACCUAAUGGCUUGCGUGGAUCGCAUUCGCGACGGACCAGUCUUACUUCAGAUCGACGUUCGCGCUGUCAAGAACGACCAAGAACUCUUCAGCCGUCUCAAGCACCAAAUAGCUCAACACCGUAACCGUUAUUUGCGUGUUUUAUCGUGCCGUAGCAUACAAGGAAUCUUCUUCUGCAAGGUUAGUGAACUCGUCGUAAUCGGCCACGCGGGGUAA